GGCAUCAUAAUACGGGGGCAUCAAGAUCCGCAAGGUAACGUACCGACCCACAACGCUUACCUCGAAUCGUUUCUUAAAAUCGCGGGUGCUUUCUGAUUGUGCUGCACCUUUAAGCGUCAUAUGCUUUAGUAAUGUAAAUUAUGCGUGACGUCAUGCGUUGUGGUGGAUCCUAGCAGAGGCUCACAUUUCCAUUCAUAGUUCUUACAAACCCACAGCACUCACUCCUUAAAGACACAUGGGCGAUCAAAGACCCUGAGCCAAUAACAACUGCAGGAUUACUACAGCCAUGUAUGCGGCAGUACAGCAGGACAGCAACAGUGUACUGGAGUAUUCCACAGAAACGAACUUUUUAUUCAGUAGCGCAACUGCGAUCAUAGAGGUAUGAGUUGCAUGUGACUCAUCUAGUAAUACACAAAUACAGUGUACGCUCGUAUUAUUAUUAUUAUUAUUAUUAUUAUUAUUAUUAUUAUUAUUAUUAUUAUUAUUGCACUGGCAAAAACUACUAUUUGCUAUGGAAGACUACUGCUUUCAAAAUGAAUUUAGACAUUGAUGCUGCUGCAGGUCUAGGGAGUAACACAUCCUCUCCACAGCUUAUGCUGUACGAUGGGGAGCUGGUUUCAAAUAUUUCCAAUGGGACCUCCAGAAACCAAACCCUGCCUUCUUUGGACAUCACCAGGGCGACAACUCUGGGACUUGUUUUGGGCGCCUUCAUAGUUUUUGCUAUCGUGGGUAACAUUCUGGUUAUUCUUUCUGUGGUUUGCAACAGGCAGUUAAGAACUCCUACAAACUAUUUUAUAAUAAACUUAGCCAUCGCAGACCUACUCCUUAGUACCACUGUGCUGCCCGUGUCCGCCACUCUCGAGAUCGUUGACUACUGGGCGUUCGGAAGAAUAUUGUGCGACAUCUGGGCAGCUUUGGAUGUGUUGUGCUGUACAGCUUCUAUAAUGAGUCUUUGUGCGAUUUCUAUCGACAGAUACAUAGGUGUACGAUUUUCCCUUCAGUACCCUACAAUAGUGACUGAGAAACGGGCGAUCUUAGCGCUCUUGGGGGUCUGGGUUUUGGCGAUGGUAAUAUCGAUUGGACCUCUGCUUGGAUGGAAAGAGCCAGCUCCGCAGGAUGAGAAAGUCUGCAGCAUCACUGAAGAGCCGUUCUAUGCGCUUUUCUCCUCUCUGGGGUCAUUCUACAUACCGCUGAUUGUUAUACUGGCCAUGUAUUUCAGAGUGUACAUAGUAGCCAAGAGGACUACAAAGAAUCUUGAAGCGGGGGUGAUGAAGGAAAGGUUAGAUUCUAAGGAACUCACCUUGCGAAUCCACUGCAGGGGUACCCAGGAGGACUGCACAGGCGUCAGCAAGGGUAGGGGCCACCACACACGGAGCUCGCUGUCAGUGAAGCUCCUAAAGUUCUCCAGGCAAAAGAAAGCAGCGAAGACACUGGGCAUCGUGGUGGGGAUGUUUAUUCUAUGCUGGCUCCCAUUCUUCUUGGCUCUGCCUAUUGGUUCGUUCUUCACAGAGCUGAGGCCACCAGAUACAGUUUUCAAAGUGAUUUUCUGGCUAGGAUAUUUCAACAGCUGCCUGAACCCCAUCAUCUACCCCUGCUCCAGCAAGGAGUUCAAGAGAGCCUUCCUCCGAAUCCUCAAGUGCCAGUGUCGGCGCAGGAGUCGCUCUGGCUGGGAGGCCUACAGCUACAGGAACUGGAAGAUCAACAUGUCUGACAACUCCAGAAAAAACUCCAUGGAGGACAGCUCCAUGUUUCUAAAUGGCAGUCAGAGAACCCUGUCUUCGGCUAACCCCAGCCCGAGUUACCUGAACAAAGGUGGGCCACAGAUCCUCGAGCUGGGCACCUUCCAGGACUGGCGGGCGUUCUCCUCGUUUCCCCACAGCCCUUCAGACAAGCACCAUCAAAGAGUGGAGUGCUACUCCUUUAGGAUAGUCAAUGAGCACAAUGGGAAUGCUAGUUUUGUGAGGUCGAGCAAGGCUACAGUGAGCCUGCCAGCGAUUGCAGACAGCUGUGAAAUAAGCUCCACUAGACUACAUGGGAAUGCAGAUUUGAAAGGCACUGACACAUCAGAAACCAUUAUGUGAUGGAAAAGGGACCAAUAAAUUUAAAUAUUUCAUUGCUUUUUGCUCUGUGAUGACCUGGUUAUGGAAGGCACUUUAUAAUUAUUGUUAUUGUCAUAUGUACACAGGGAAUGUAGGGAGGAAAUCAUAAAUGUGUCUUAAUGUUUUCUAAAUUGUCUUUAAAAAAAAGCAGUUUCCCUGUAAUCAGUCUAAACAAGGAAACCUCCCCUGCCUACAGUACCCAAUUACACUAUGUCUUUUCUUUUUUCUUUACUACCUCAAACUGUGUUAUUAAGAACCCAGAGACUUUAAGUCUUUUUUUUUUCUAUAGCUCUGAUCUCAAGAUCUUGGGCAAAUCAUCUGAGUCAACAUAUGUUACCGAGGUUGGCGAUAUGCAUUGAACACUCUGUUAGGCUGAAUGGCAACUUCCUACACUAGAACAAAGCCCAGUCCAGGCACCCAACAUCCCUUUUGUUUGCCUGAGUGUGCCCCAUAGGUCCAGUAGAUUAUCUAGAGAGCUGCCACACAUGCAAACACCCCAUGGUAUGGACUAGGGUGUGCAGAAACUUGUAUUCCUGCUUGUAAUUGCUUUAGAAAGUAUUUAUCAGCAGAAAUCCAUUUAUUCACAUGUCGAGUUCAAAACAAGGAAAGCUGUCCUUCCCUCAUGUUUACAAUUGACAGAGUUUCUGCAUAUAGGAACACCUCCUAAGAGAACACUUCACCUAAGGGAACUCCCUUGUGGUGAAACAGAUUUUUCUCA